UUUAUUUAAGAAAAUGGCUGACCCUUUAGCGAAGUAUGGAAUUUAUAUUGAUGAUUUAAGCAAAAUUCGUGUAUUAGAACCAGAAGUUGCAAAUCAGACAAAUAAACUUAAAGAAGAAUGUCAAAAUUUUGUUUCGAAAAUUACCGAAUUUCAAAUGAAUGCCGAUGAAUUUAUACAAAUAAUAGAUCAGUUAGCAAAUGAAGUGGAAAAAGAGAAGAUGAAAACUAUUGGAACUCGGAAUUUACUCCGUUCUGUUGCGAAAGAAAGGGAUGCUCAAAAACAACAAAUUCAGGCACAGAUUAUUGAAAAAUCUAUGGAACUUGAGAGACUUCGUAUACAGCACGAUUCCCUAAAAAAGAUCGAAAUGGAACAGUUAGAAACUAUUGAACAAUUAACGGUGAAUUAAAGACUUGACUUUGCAAUUAGAAUUGAUACACCUAAUUCAAUUCAGUACAUUAUGAACGUAUGUCUGUACUUUUCUACGUCAAAAGUUUAUCAAAAUAAGGAGAAUAAAUAAAAACUAUUAAACAUAAUUAGAGUGACAUAUAUUAUGAAACAAGAUAUCUAUACAUAAGUUCAUGACGAAGUUUGCAGUUAAGACGGUGUCGGGGUUUAAACCCUUUUUAAUAAGACGGCAUCAAAUAUACACACAUAUUCUGAAGGUUCCCAACCCCUGAAUCAGAAAGGCACAUCAGUUCUGAAUCAUUCUACAUACUGUCUCUAAUAUUCAUAUACUACUAAUCAUUUUGAUAAUGGUAUUAUUUGUUGUUUUCCGUAAAAAUUACGAUUGCUUUUUCGUUAUAAUUGUAAACAAUGCUGUUAUAUAAUUACUGCCUAUUAAUAGCCGCAAUUAUAUGUGAGCAGUUGCAAAAGAUGAAUAACAAUACAAAACUUGAAGCAAUCUUAAAGACAUCGCAGGUGAUCAAUUUAUAUUAGUUAUUUAUCUAACAUCUAUAUUAUUUUAUCGAAUAUAAACUUUGUAUGUUUUGUGAAUAGACAAUCGUUGUCCGUAUUGUAUGUUCACGUUAUGGUGAAAUAAUGAUAUAAUGAAACCAUGGUUGUAAGAUAAAAAAAAAAUUUAUGAAGUUGGGUUUCUAUUUUAAAGUUUAGUUGUUAAAAAUGUUGCUUACUUAUGUAUUAUAACUACAUAGAAAAAGAAUUUAAUUAAUCAUAUAAGAUGAGAAACGCUUGUAAGCACAUAAUGUAGAUACAAUAAUUGGCAUUAAAAUAAAGUAUGUAUUUCUUAAAAA